AUGACAAGCAAUAUCAGUUCGGGCACAACUGGUCACGCAUAUCGUCUAAGACCGAUGCCUCUCAAUUCAGUUACAAAUAGUUCAAAUCUAACUGGUCAAUCAGCAAAUAGCACCCUGAAUAGUAAUAGUAAUCCUUUGUACUAUGGUUCAUCAUCAACAGCCGCGCCUACAGUCACUCCACCAACGUGGAGCUACUCUACGCCCAGUCAACUUGCUCGAAAGUACGCGAAUAUUGCACCGAUCUGGUGUCAUAUCACUAAGCCAAGGCAAUUAAAGAAGAAAUUCGCAUCGACGUUUCAUCAAGCACAAUCACUAGUCAGUUUCUACAAUGAAGAUCGAGCCCCGAGCGAACGUCGUGGUUCGCUCACUCAAUCGCAAAACUCAUCAAAUCAAUCUCAGCAGCUACAGCAACCCCAACCGACUGUACAUAGUACGAACUCCAAUUCACAUCAUCCACUUCACCAUCUCCAUCAUGAAUCGAACAGUUAUCGUCAACAAUACACUCCCCAUUAUACAUCUCACGACCUUGGAAAAGAACCACCCGUUUCAUCAAGUACUUCUUCAUCAUCGCGCGCUAAGAAGAAAUAUACAGGUGGUGCUCUAACUAUGCACAUAUCAUCAUCACGUUUGCAAUCACCACCUCCACCUCCGCCUCCGCCUCCACCCUUAUCGAUCGAUGAAAAAUUCACGAAUCCUAGCGAACGUAAAGCGCGAAUUGAUCAGCUGAAAGAUCUAGUUUUCAACACGCGUAUUAAAGACACCAUGUUUGGACGAACCGAUUCAAAGGCUCGUUCGACAACAAAUUUACACAAAGCAAAUUCGUUCAAACGUAUUGAUCAAAUAACUCAUCCAAUGGAUGAUUAUCAACCAACGGCGAUUCCACCAACGACACCAACACGUAAAGAUUCUCAUUAUUAUCAUUAUCAUUUACCGUCGAAUACCAUGUCAUCAACGAUAAACGAUACUCUUAAUAAAUCUGUUUUACCUUCACAAUCGUCAACUUCAGCAGCCGCAGCAACAGCAACAUCUUCCGCCUCCUCCUCCUCAGCAGUAGCAUCAACAACAUCACAUCCAUCAUAUAAUUAUGACUAUUUACGUGCAAAAUCAAAAGAACACAUACGACCGACAUACCACGAUUCAAAUUAUAUAACAUCUUCACUCCAUACAUCGGAAAUACCAUCAUCAUCACAAAUUGGAUCAAGUAAUUCACCAUAUAUUGGUUCAACAAUAGCAACGAAUCCAUUGAAUUCUUAUCGUACAUUUGAUGAACCGUGUUAUAUUGGUAAACCAAGUGCAGUGACGGAUAAGAAUUCGUCUUAUACAGCUGUCACUUCAUUUCCAAGUUAUCAAACCCCAAGUUCAUCGAAACGACGAAUAAAAAAGUAUCUCCUUGCUAAAAGUGGUAUCGGCACAUCUCUUCCACAUCAAACAGAACCUAUUUCGAAUAAUUUCGAAAAACUAUCUUUGAAUGAUGACUAUAAAACAACAAGUGGAGAAGGUUCGAGUGUGAUUAUUGCUAAUGCACAUGCAAUCACUCCGCCAUCUCCACGAUCUUCGAUAUCUCCAAAAUCCACCACCAUCACAACAGUAGCAGCAGCAAAUAUUCCUGUUAUUCCAUCACUUCGGACUACUACACCAACACCUUCAUCACCACCGAUUCCCUCAAUUCCAACAUUGAGUCCAGUUGCUUCACCACCGCCUCCAUCACUACCUGCUGCAACAACUAGUCAUAUUGCAGAAAACGUUGUUUUCUCCACACCUAAUGCUCAAUUAUCAUCUAGUCCACCAAAUAAUACUACUAAUACUAACACUAAGAUCCCCCCAGUGAUCGGUGUAUCAUUAUCGUCUUCUCUUACAUCUUUAAACAAACAACAUCAACCAUCGCUAAAAUCAACAACAAAUUCUCUCCUUGAACUUGUUCCUUCACAUAGUAUAAAAGAACAAUCUCCAUCCCGAUCGAUCAUCUCUACAACUACCGAGGAUGGUUCUUCAACACCGGCUCGCAAUAACUUACAAACUAGCUCAUCGAUUGAACGUCAUCGUAGGCGUCGGCACAAUCGGCAUGAUUCGUCGGAAAAUCGACAUGGUGUCAACAACGCCACCGGUACGGCGCGUGCCGAAAGCAUCUCAAGUAAUAACUCGACAUCCAAACGUUCAAAGAAAACGAACAAUUUGACGAAUAAUCAUACCAAUAAUAAUUAUCAACAUCAUCACCAUAAAAAACGAUCAACUUCAACACCAAAUCAAAGAAGUCUACGAGACAAAAGCGACUCGGGCCAUGUCAAUAUUCGUGAUGACGAUGAAGGACAUUUAAUCUAUGUUCCAGGUGAUGUUCUCCAUCAUCAAUAUGAAAUUCGACGAACACUCGGCGAAGGAACAUUUGGAAAAGUCGUGGAAAUUCGUGAUCUUCGUAGUGAUGCUAAUACACGUUUAGCAUUGAAAAUUAUCAAAAAUGUGGACAAAUAUCGUGAAGCGGCCCGGUUAGAAAUCAAUGUACUUAAAACAAUCAAUGAAAAAGAUCCCGAUGGUGUUAAUUUAUGUGUUGCAUUACUUGAUUCAUUUGAUUAUUAUGGUCACAUGUGUAUUGCUUUUGAUAUGUUAGGCUUAAGUGUAUUUGAUUUUUUAAAAGAAAAUAAUUAUAUCCCAUAUCCAAUUGAUCAAGUUCGUCAUAUCUCGUAUCAAUUGUGUCUUGCUGUGAAAUUUCUUCACGAAAUUGCCUUGACACAUACUGAUUUAAAACCUGAAAACAUUCUUUUUGUGAAUUCGGAUUAUAAUGUGGUGUAUAAUCAUCGGAAACGAAGAGAUGAACGUGUAGUACGUCGUACAGAUAUCAAAGUGAUCGAUUUUGGUUCGGCGACAUUCGAUUGGGAACAUCAUUCAACGAUUGUUUCAACUCGACAUUAUCGGGCACCAGAAGUUAUUCUCGAAUUAGGAUGGUCGCAGCCAUGUGAUGUUUGGAGUAUUGGUUGUAUUAUUUUCGAACUUUAUCUUGGUUUUACACUUUUUCAAACACAUGAUAAUAAAGAACAUUUAGCUAUGAUGGAACGAAUUCUGGGUUCUAUUCCUUAUCGAAUGGCAAAACAAUCAAAGAAAACAAAAUAUUUCUAUCAUGGUCGACUGGAUUGGGAUGAACGUAGUUCAGCUGGUCGUUAUGUACGCGAUAAUUGUAAACCACUAAGACGUUAUAUGAUGGGUGAUGAACAAGAUCAUCAACAACUAUUUGACAUAAUUGAAAAAAUGCUCGAAUAUGAUCCAAAACGACGAAUAACUCUAGUUGAUGCACUUCGUCAUCCAUUCUUCGAACGUUUUUUAGCAGAACAGCGUAUUCGCGAUCUCUCUCCAUGCGCCAAUACAUCUUCCAAAUCUUGA